CAUCCUUUUUGGCACCAGGGACCAAUUUCAUUGAAGACAUGGUUUCAGGAUGAUUCAAGUGCAUUAUAUUUAUUGUGCACUUUAUUUCUCUUAUAACUACAUUGUAAUAUAUAAUAAAAUAAUUAGACACCUCACCAUAAUGUAGAAUCGGUGGGAACCUUGAGCUUGCUCUCUUGCAGCUAGACAGUUUCAUCUGGGGAUGAUGGGGGAUACUGUGACAGAUCAUCAGGCAUUAGAUUCUCAUAAGGAGCACACAACCUAGAUCACUCACAUGCACAGUUCACAUAGGAUUCGCACUCUUACGAGAAUCUAAUUCCACCAGUGAUCUGACAGGAGGCAGAGCUCAGGUAGUAAUGCAAGUGAUGGGAGUGGCUGUAAAUACAAAUGAAGCUUCCCUCACUUGCCUACUGCUCACCUCCUGCUGCAUGGCCUGAAGGUUAGGGACCCCUGAUGUAGAGAAUUGGAGACCUUGUUAAGAAUCUUAUUCUUGAACCUUUGGAUUGUGAGAAGUGAUAAAAGGAUUUUAAGCAAGUGAGUGAUAUGAAAAGGUUUAAAGGAUAACAAGAGUGAUUGUGGGAGAUUGAUUAAGCUUUUGCAGUGGGCCAGAUAAUAGAUGAUGCUAGGUUGGUCUAGGGUGGUAGUAGUAAAUAUUGAAAAGGGUGGACAGAUUUGAGAUAUGUUUAAGAGGUUUGGUUAUUGAAUUGGGGGUAGGAAUUAAGGAAGUGGGAAGAGUUAAAGCUGCUUCUGGGUUACUGGCUUGGGCAAUAGGGUAAAUAUCAUUUGAAAAAGGGAUUACUAGAGGAAUAACUGGUUAGGAGAAAAGGGAAUAGUGUAUGAGUGGCUCUGUUGGAGACACGUUGCAUAGGAGGCACCAAUGAGAUAUCCAUGUCAAGCUGGCAGUUGGGUCUUGGGAGAGACGCAUGGACUGCAGAGAUGUAUUAGUAAUCACUGGCAAAAGACUAUAUAGAUCAAAUUAUCUAGAGCAAUAAUUCCCAAACUUUAGAGUAGAUAGACUUGCCUGGAAGGCUUAACACAGAUUUCUAGACCCUACUCCCAGAGAUUUUUCUUCAGUAAGCCUAGGAAUGGAGACCAAGAGUUUGCAUUUCUAAGUUCUGAUGUAAUGCCUGUGCUGCUGACUCAGAGAACACAUUUUUGGAAGAAGAUGUAGAGCAAGUCAAGGAGAGACCCAGAACCUAGCAUUGAGGAACUCAUUUUUAAUUGGAUAGGAGGAACCUACAAAGACGACUGACAAAGAAGUAGGAGGGAAAAUUGUAUGUAUUAGGUUUACCUGACUGAGGCUGCGAAUGACUCAUGAGAGCAUUUUCAUGGAAUAGUGGGACAAAGGCCAAAUUGCAAGAAUUGCUGUGUAAAUAGAAGGAAUGAAAAAAAAAGUACAAAAGCAUACGAUUUCUGAGAAAGUUUUGCUAUAAAAAAGAUAGAAGAUGUUUGAAUAUAUUUAAUGUCAAUGAAAAGAUGCCAGUAGAAAGAAAAGGCUGAAAAAAAAAAAGAAGAUAUGGGAAAUAAUCCAUAGGCCAAGGUUCAAGAGGGGACAAGAAGAGAUAGGAUCCAGAUCCAGGUGACACUACAUGGAGAGCCACCUUCUCCUUUUUUAUCAGAUGGGAAAGAGGAAAGGAUGAGUGCAGGCGUUUGCAAUGGCUGCUGCUGUGAACUUGGAACUUGAUCCCAUUUUUUUGAAAGCACUAGGUUUCUUACAUUCAAAGAGUAAAGAUUCUGCUGAAAAGCUAAAAGCACUGCUUGACGAAUCUUUGGCUCGGGGCAUUGAUUCCAGUUACCGUCCAUCUCAAAAGGAUGUGGAGCCACCCAAAAUUUCAAGCACAAAAAAUAUUUCCAUUAAGCAAGAGCCCAAAAUAUCAUCCAGUCUUCCUUCUGGUAAUAAUAAUGGCAAGGUCCUCACAACUGAAAAGGUAAAGAAGGAAGUUGAAAAGAGACCUGCUGAUAAAAUGAAAUCAGACAUCACUGAAGGAGUUGAUAUUCCAAAGAAACCUAGAUUGGAGAAACCAGAAACACAGUCGUCUCCCAUUACUGUCCAAAGUAGCAAGGAUUUACCUAUGGCUGACCUUUCCAGUUUUGAGGAGACCAGUGCUGAUGAUUUUGCCAUGGAGAUGGGAUUGGCCUGCGUUGUUUGUAGGCAAAUGAUGGUGGCAUCUGGCAAUCAAUUAGUAGAAUGUCAGGAGUGCCAUAAUCUCUACCACCGAGAUUGCCAUAAACCCCAGGUGACAGACAAGGAAGCGAAUGACCCUCGCCUGGUGUGGUAUUGUGCCCGAUGUACCAGACAAAUGAAAAGAAUGGCUCAAAAAACUCAGAAACCACCACAGAAACCAGCCCCUGCAGUUGUUUCUGUAACUCCAGCUGUCAAAGAUCCAUUGGUUAAGAAACCAGAAACUAAACUGAAACAAGAGACAACUUUUCUAGCAUUUAAGAGAACAGAAGUCAAGACAUCCACAGUUAUUUCAGGAAAUUCUUCUAGUGCCAGCGUUUCCUCGUCAGUAACUAGUGGCUUAACUGGAUGGGCAGCUUUUGCAGCCAAAACUUCCUCUGCUGGUCCCUCAACAGCAAAAUUGAGUUCAACAACACAAAACAAUACUGGGAAACCUGCUACCUCAUCAGCUAACCAGAAACCUGUGGGUUUGACUGGUCUGGCAACAUCAUCCAAAGGUGGAAUAGGUUCCAAAAUAGGUUCCAAUAACAGCACUACACCCACUGUACCUUUAAAACCACCUCCACCUCUAACCUUGGGUAAAACUGGCCUUAGUCGCUCAGUUAGUUGUGACAAUGUCAGCAAAGUAGGUCUUCCUAGUCCAAGUAGUUUAGUUCCAGGAAGCAGCAGCCAACUAAGUGGGAAUGGAAAUAGUGGAACAUCAGGACCUAGUGGAAGUACUACUAGCAAAACUACUUCAGAAUCCAGCAGCUCUCCCUCAGCAUCCCUUAAAGGUCCAACUUCACAAGAAUCACAGCUCAAUGCUAUGAAACGAUUACAGAUGGUCAAGAAGAAAGCCGCCCAAAAGAAACUCAAGAAGUAACGUGGCCAAGUAGGUUUUUAUAUCAUAUUAGCCUAAUGAUGAAAGGCUUAUUAUUAAGAUAUAAUCUGUAAUAUACUGUAAUUUAAUAAAAGUCUUCAUAAUCAAA